AUGUUGCUCGUCGAAUCCUGGUGUUCAUUGCCAAAGACCUACAAGGUGCGACCAGGAACAUUUGAUAUAAUACCAAAUCCCAAUUAUACCAUUGCUACUACAACUCUCCGUUUUGUGGGACGUGAACGGUUUUUAAAUGGGACUGUAACGAUUCUGGAAGACCUGGAUAAUGAGCAUUUUGAGUUAUCGGCGGAUGCCUAUAUUGAUCCAACUGGUGGUGGGGAUUAUAAGCAAUUACCAUUCUUCAUACCGAGAACGCACCUUUGCGAUAUAUUAAAGAUGUAUGUCAAACCGUAUGUUGGAUCAACUUUGGAGUACAAUGUGAAUACCGACCUACCCUUUGAUGGAUCCCAAUGUCCCGUACCUAAGGGAACGUAUUAUUUUAAAAAUAUCCUUAUGAAUACCGAUGGUUGGCCUCUUGUAAUGCCGUUGGGAAUUAUGAAAGGUGUAGCGUCACUUUACAAAGACAACGAAUUAAUUGGAACUUUUAGUUCCCUACUACAUAUAGAAAUGAAUGGUUUUUGAAAUAGCACUUAAAAUAUUAAAAUGAAAUAAAUACAUUUUGUU